AUGCGAGUUAAUGUGGCGCGGGUUUGGGACGAUGCAGACUACAUGAGAGUCCGUAAUAUGUGCGACAACAAUCAAGGAUGGCGUGAGGUGUAUAAGAAAAAGGGUAUCAGUGUGUUUUCGCAGUCAGUCCCGUCCAACAACUUCCAGAUGAUCAAGGCCGUGGCGAAAUUUCCGGACGUACUGCCGAGUGUUGCCUAUGAUGUCUUGCACGAUUCGUCCUAUCGAUCUCAUUGGGAUCGACAUAUGGCCUCUCAGUGCUUCAUAGGAAUUAUUAAUCCCAACAAUGAUAUAGGAUAUUAUGCGUUGUCGGCGAUACCGCCAAUCCGUGGCCGCGACUUUGUGAUGCAACGUUCUUGGCUCGAUACUGGUGAUGAGAAGCUCAUCUGUGGACAUUCAGUAUAUCAUCAGGACUAUCCGCCAAUGAAAGGUUACGUUCGUGCAGUCUCAAUACUGUCGGCAUAUCUCAUUCGGCCGUUGAAAGAUGACGGUUGCCAGAUUAUCUACCUCAGUACUCUUCCUCCUUGGUUAGUAAAUUACUUAACACGAGUGGUAGCUCCUAAAGUUGUAAAGAAACUUCACAAAGCUUGUUUAUCGUAUACGCAAUGGAAGCAGAAUAAUCAACCAAAUUUCAAGCCAUGGAUCUAUCCAGAGCAACAGGCGGAAUAUCCUCGUGUAGAUUUGACGAAAUGCGAGCCACAGGAAUACCAACAGGAGAUAAUUGACGAAUCAAAUAAAAGUCCAGUUAGUACAAUUAUCAAUGACGAAGACGAAGACGACUAG